AUGGCCGCGGACGAGGUAAGCGUGAUUGCGCUCGUCGAGAAUCUGGAGCUUCUGGUGCCGAGGCGACUGCCUGCCCGACUCCUCCAAGAUCGUCAGCAGCAGCAGCAGCAGCAGCAGCAGCAGCAACAGUCACGGUCUCAAACGCUGGUCACGAGGAUUAUCGAGCUCGGCGACCGCGACUCCAAGAUGGCACUUAAACGCCAACUGAACCUUCACCUCGACACCGGUGACGAGCUUGCUGGGAAGAUGCACGAGGCCUCAGCGUCCGAGGAGCGCGAGGGUCUGGAGAUACUACGCAGGCUGCCGCCCGGGACCGUCCUUAUCAAGCAGGUCGAGGCGAAGAAUCUUGUGCAAAAGAGCGAGGAGGAAAGGCCGCGGAGGGAGGAGAAUUGCGCCGAGAGACCCCGAAAACUCUCGCAGAGGAUCCGUAAUAAGAAAACCCUGGAGGUCCGGCGCAACCCCCUCCGCUCGGCCGCCCGCAAGGACUUGGGCAAGGAGGGUCGGACAAACCCGCGACAGCGACUCCUCGGGGCAAGGAGGCGGGCCGUCGCCGGGACCGAGCAGGGCGGUCGGCGGCCCCGACCCACCGCCUACAUGAAUACGCGCAGCGUCACCCGCAAGAUGUACAACGUCGGGGCGACGUAUCAGGCUCCGACGAGGCGCGACGAGACCGAGUGGAAGGAGUGGCCCGUGCACGGCAUGCACGAGCGACCGGUCUAUCAUCCCCAGUUCGGCCUCGCGGCCGAGUACAACGGCCGGCUCUUCGCGAGCUUCGACGGGGAGGGCUACCGGGAAAUAAACGCCGAGGCCCACAUCGAGAUCGUCCGGGUGGACCCGCGGGUGGAGUCGCUGGACCGGCGCCGGGAGGCGCCCCUGCAGCUCGCGAGACAGAAGGCCGCCGUCACCGCGGUUGUGCACCAGCAGCUGUACGAGAGGCCGAGGAUCCCGGCCCUUUGCGGAUUCGGCGGCCAGGUCGCGGCCCUCGAGCAGACCCGCGCGCAGCAGCAGCAGCAGCAGCAGUUUGAGCAAAUACGGAAACUCGAGCGACUACAGCAGUUCGAAAAUAGCCUCCAGCGUCUGGGUCACAGGAUCUCCUGCCCUCAGGACAUCGACGGCUACCAGCAAAAGUACGCCACCAGUCGGCUGCUACUCCGAUCCAAGGAGAUGCUGAGGAGUCUCCGAGGUGUCACUCUUGCCCAUCCCUCCAAUCAGUCCAAUCCAUCAAAGUGCCUCAUAAUGCCGCGCGCCGCCACCGCACCCGUUGCCCUCCCCUUCUGCGGCGUCCAGGCAGUCAAGGGCAAUCCCAAAGGCAAGCUCUUCUUCGUGAGGGCCUCGGAUGCGCCAAAGCCCCCGGAGAAGACCUCGACGAUCGGCUCGACGAUGACCUCAGCGAGCCCGAGCGUCGCCUGGGCGGACGCGAGCCUGCGCAAGAAAUUGGAAAAGUCGACGGUGGUGGCGAUCGAGGCGGCGCGCACCUACGCGGGUAACCCGGGAAAGAGCUGCAGGCAGCCACGGCACCUGCACCACGUCGGCAGAGGCUUCCCCCCCAUAAGGCUCGCCGAGACCCCGGGACUCUUCCGACUCAACCCUGGCAUCAGCUCGAAUAAGUGCAAUGGCGGAGACUUUGGCUUCAGGAACCCCGGCCCCGACGACCAUCUAUCGGAGGUGCUCGACCUGUCCAAGAAGGAGACGCCCCGGGCAGAGGCCAGAAUGGAGCUCGACGUCAAGCACGACAAGCAGGAGCUCCUGUCAUUUAAUAAAUGUCUCUUUUAUUUUUUUUUUGUAGAGUCACAAGCUUACGCCACUGAUUUAGUUCACUACUUCCAAAAUUUCAACGCCGACGAAAAUAUCGAUUUAUUCGAUGAUCCUAAAAAUUUAACCUGAUAUAUUGCGUUCGUUUAAAAAGUUUUUUGAAGAUUGUCGCUUAGUCCAAUUUA